AGACGGAGCCCGGGCUCCCAGCGGCAAGGUGAGGCAGAGCCGCGCUCCGGGCUGAACGGCGGCCGAGCUCUUCGGCCGAGGGGGAGACGCGCCGGAACCGAGAGCGGGAGUGAGGCGGGCGGAGGUGGCGGAGGGGGACCACGCGAGCCGCCGGGCGGAGAGCCCGAGCCGCGCUGUCGCCGCGGAGGGACGACUUGGCCAACACACUCGCUCACUCACACACACACACAGAGACACACACACACACACACCCAGCCCGAGCGGGCGCUCUCGGCGAACCGUCAACAUGGCGCUGGGGCUCUUGCCCGAGCGCGGGCGGCAGCGGCGGCGCGGGAGCCUCUGAGGCUGCCGGAGCCCGGUCCAGCUGCGGGAGGAGAGGAUCGCGCGGGGCCGGCGCCACCUGCCCUGAGGCUCGCAGCCCGCCCCGCCCCGCCCCACCCCCACGCGGCCCAGAGCCCACCCCUCCGCCGGGCCGACCCCGGGGACAGCAGAGCGGCUGCAGACGGAGGCGAGCGAGCGCGGCGCUGGGAGUGGACUGCGGGCACCAGAGGAAGCCAAACUUUGCUGCUCACUGCGCUUUCCCGGCCGGGGCUCCUUUGCUCCUUAGCGUAGCCGCCCUCUCCCGACCCCGCACACGUCCACCCAGCCAGCCAGCCAGCCGCCCCCGGAUCUUCCUCGCCGCCUGGACUCCGCUCCGGGGAAAACUUCAAAGCGCCGGAUCGCAGGGCUCCCUGCCUACUUCCCGGCUGGGGAUUCCAGACUAGACGCUUGAAGCCAAGCUGCCAUCCAAGAGACGACAUGCUCUCAGCAACUCCUCUGUAUGGGAACGUUCACAGCUGGAUGAACAGCGAGAGGGUCCGCAUGUGUGGAACAAGCGAAGACAGGAAAAUUCCUGUGAAUGAUGGCGACGCUUCAAAAGCCAGGCUGGAGCUGAGGGAGGAGAAUCCCUUGAAUCACAACGUGGUGGAUACCAGUGGAGCCCAUCGGAUCGAUGGCCUGGCAGCGCUGAGCAUGGACCGCACAGGCCUCAUCCGGGAGGGGCUCCGGGUCCCUGGAAACAUCGUUUAUUCUGGCUUGUGUGGCCUGGGCUCAGAAAAAGGUCGAGAGGCUACCCCAAGCUCUCUCAGUGGCCUUGGGUUUUCUUCAGAAAGAAAUCCAGAGAUGCAAUUCAAACCGAAUACUCCUGAGACAGUGGAGGCUUCUGCUGUCUCUGGAAAACCCUCAAAUGGCUUCAGUGCUAUAUACAAAACACCGCCUGGGAUACAAAAAAGUGCUGUAGCUACAGCAGAAAGCUUGGGUUUGGAUAGGCCUGCCAAUGACAAACAGAGCCCUCUCAACAUCAACGGUGCUAGUUACCUGCGGCUGCCCUGGGUCAACCCUUACAUGGAGGGGGCCACUCCGGCCAUAUAUCCUUUCCUCGACUCGCCAAAUAAGUAUUCACUGAAUAUGUACAAGGCCUUGCUACCUCAGCAGUCCUACGGCUUGGCUCAGCCACUGUAUUCUCCUGUCUGCACCAGUGGGGAACGCUUCCUCUACCUGCCACCCCCACACUACGUCAACCCCCACAUCCCCUCCUCCUUGGCUUCGCCCAUGAGGCUCUCCACACCUUCAGCCUCUGCAGCCAUUCCACCUCUCGUCCACUGCUCAGACAAAAGCCUACCAUGGAAGAUGGGUGUCAACUCUGGGAAUCCAGUUGAUUCUCACAGUUAUCCUCACAUCCAAAACAGUAAACAGACCCGGGUGACCUCUGCCAAGGCAGUCAGUAGUGGCCUGCCGGGGGACACAGCUCUUCUGUUACCCCCUUCACCUCGGCCCUCAGCCCGGGUCCACCUUCCAACUCAGCCCACUGCAGAGACCUACUCGGAGUUCCACAAGCACUAUCCCAGGAUCUCCACCUCCCCCUCAGUCACCCUGACGAAGCCGUACAUGACAGCGAGUAGCGAGUUCCCCACAGCAAGGCUGUCCAAUGGCAAGUACCCCAAGGCUCUAGAUGGAGGUGACUGUACCCAAUCCAUGCCUGGACACACCCGGAAGACAACGGUUCAAGACAGAAAAGAUGGGGGUUCACCACCUCUGUUGGAAAAGCAGACCGUUACCAAAGACGUCACAGACAAACCACUUGACCUGUCUUCUAAAGUGGUAGAUGUAGACGCUUCCAAAGCUGACCACAUGAAAAAGAUGGCUCCCACAGUCCUGGUUCACAGUCGGGCUGCAAGUGGAUUAGUGCUCUCUGGAAGUGAGAUUCCAAAAGAAACAUUAUCUCCACCAGGAAAUGGCUGUUCUAUCUAUAGAUCAGAGAUCAUCAGCACUGCUCCCUCAUCCUGGGUGGUGCCAGGGCCAAGUCCUAAUGAAGAGAACAACGGCAAAAGUCUGUCGCUGAAAAACAAGGCUUUGGACUGGGCAAUACCGCAACAGCGGAGUUCCUCGUGCCCCCGCAUGGGCAGCACAGAUGCUGUGAUCACUAAUGUUUCAGGCUCUGUGUCCAGCUCAGGACGCCCAGCCUCUGCGUCACCAGCCCCCAACGCCAAUGCAGAUGGCACCAAGACCAGCAGGAGCUCUGUGGAUACCACGCCAUCAGUCAUCCAGCAUGUGGGCCAGCCCCCAUCGACGCCUGCCAAGCACAGUGGCAGCACCAGCGGCAAGGGAGCCAAAGCCAGCAACCCAGAACCGAGUUUCAAAGCAAGCGAGAAUGGCCUCCCGCCAACCUCAAUAUUUCUAUCUCCAAAUGAAGCAUUCAGGUCCCCACCAAUUCCCUACCCUCGGAGUUACCUCCCUUACCCAGCACCAGAAGGCAUCGCUCUAAGUCCCCUCUCUUUACAUGGCAAAGGACCUGUGUAUCCUCACCCCGUUUUGUUACCCAAUGGCAGUCUGUUUCCUGGGCACCUUGCCCCCAAGCCUGGCCUGCCCUAUGGGCUGCACGCAAGCCGGCCAGAGUUUGUGACCUACCAAGAUGCCUUGGGCCUGGGCAUGGUACAUCCCAUGUUGAUCCCACACACACCCAUUGAGAUCACAAAAGAGGAGAAGCCGGAGAGACGGUCCCGCUCCCAUGAGAGAGCCCGUUAUGAGGACCCAACCCUCCGUAGCCGGUUUUCUGAGAUGUUGGAAGCUAGCAGCACCAAACCACAUCCAGAAGUCCCCACUGACAAGAACCUGAAGCCAAACUCUAGCUGGAAUCAAGGGAAAACUGGGAGCAAAAGCGACAAACUAGUCUAUGUAGACCUUCUCCGAGAAGAAGCAGAUGCUAAAGCUGACGCAGGAGCACCCAAAGCAGCAGGCCUUGUAGCCGAGAAUGUGGGUCAGAACACAGAGGCCACCAAGCCCUCAGCUGACCCCGUGGUCCAGGUCCAGCAGCACCGUGAAUUCAUCUCCCUCAGAGAGGAGCUGGGCCGAAUCAGUGACUUCCACGAAUCUUUCACUUUCAAACAGGCCUCGGGUCAGCCAGUGUUCAGUUUAGGCAAGGAUAGUGUUGCAGCAGGAACCAACAAGGAGAACCUGGGGGUGCAGGUAGCAACUCCAUUCCUGGAGACAGCUCUGGGCAGCGAGGGCCCUGCUGUAACUUUCGGGAAAACCCAAGAGGAUCACAAACCAUUUUGUGUGGGCGGUGCCCCUCCAAGCAUGGAUGUCACCCCCGCCUAUACCAAAGAAGGAACUGAUGAGGCCGAAUCCAAUGAUGGCAAAGUUCUGAAACCGAAGCCAUCCAAGCUGGCAAAAAGAAUUGCUAACUCAGCAGGUUAUGUGGGGGACCGAUUCAAGUGUGUCACCACCGAACUGUAUGCAGAUUCCAGUCAGCUCAGCCGAGAGCAGCGGGCAUUGCAGAUGGAAGGAUUACAAGAGGACAGUAUUUUAUGUCUACCCGCUGCUUACUGUGAGCGUGCAAUGAUGCGCUUCUCAGAGCUGGAGAUGAAAGAGAGAGAAGGUAGCCACCCAGCAACCAAAGACUCCGAGGUGUGCAAAUUCAGCCCAGCCGACUGGGAAAGGUUGAAAGGAAAUCAGGAGAAAAAGCCAAAGUCAGUCACCCUGGAAGAGGCCAUUGCCGACCAGAACGACAGUGAGAGAUGCGAGUACAGUACUGGAAACAAACAUGAUCUCUUUGAAGCCCCAGAGGACAAAGAUCUUCCUGUGGAAAAGUAUUUCUUGGAGAGGCCGCCGCCUGUGAGUGAGCCACCCACUGACCAGGGGGUGGUGGACGUGCCACAGAGCCCCACUCCCCGGCUAGACAGGAAACGCAAAUUAUCAGGUGACAGCACCCACACUGAGACCACUGUGGAAGAGGUAGCUGAGGACCCUCUGAAAGCCAAGCGGAGGCGGAUCUCCAAAGAUGACUGGCCUGAGAGGGAAAUGACAAACAGUUCCUCUAACCACUUAGAAGACCCACAUUGUAAUGAGCUGACCAACCUGAAGGUGUGCAUUGAAUUAACAGGGCUCCAUCCUAAAAAGCAGCGCCACUUGCUGCACCUUAGAGAACGGUGGGAGCAGCAGGUGUCGGCGGCAGCCGAGAGCAAACCUGGCCGGCAAAGCAGGAAGGAAGUGAUCCAGGCUGUUCAGCCUGAGGUCACCUCCCAGGGGAAUAACAUCACUGAAGAGAAGCCUGGCAAGAAAAAGGCAGAGGCCAAAGGCAACAGAGGCUGGUCUGAAGAGUCCCUCAAAUCCUGUGACAAUGAGCAAGGCUUGCCUGUGUUCUCCGACUCUCCGCCCAUGAAGAGCCUUUCAUCCACCAAUGCAAGUGGCAAAAAGCAGACUCAGCCAAGCUGCACGCCAGCCUCGAGGCUGCCUGCCAAACAGCAGAAAAUUAAAGAAAGCCAGAAGACAGAUGUGCUGUGCACAGAGGAAGACCAGGAUUGUCGGGCUGCCUCCCCGCUGCAAAAAUACACAGACAACAUCGAGAAGCCAUCGGGGAAGAGACUGUGCAAAACCAAGCACUUGAUGCCUCAGGAGUCCAGGAGGAGCUUGCAGAUCACAGGCGACUACUAUGUGGAGAACAGUGACACCAAGAUGACUGUGCGGAGAUUCAGAAAGCGACCUGAGCCCAGUUCGGACUACGAUUUGUCACCACCAGCCAAGCAGGAGCCAAAGCCCUUUGACCGUUUGCAACAAUUGCUACCGGCCACCCAGGCCACACAGCUGCCAUGCUCAAAUUCUCCUCAAGAGACCACCCAGUCUCGCCCCAUGCCGCCAGAAGCUCGGAGACUCAUUGUCAAUAAGAAUGCUGGCGAGACCCUGCUGCAGCGGGCUGCCCGCCUAGGCUAUGAGGAAGUGGUCUUAUAUUGCCUGGAGAACAAGGUCUGUGAUGUCAAUCAUCGAGACAAUGCUGGUUACUGUGCCCUGCAUGAAGCUUGUGCCAGGGGAUGGCUCAACAUCGUUCGCCACCUCCUUGAAUAUGGCGCUGAUGUCAACUGCAGUGCCCAGGAUGGAACCAGGCCUCUGCAUGAUGCUGUGGAGAAUGACCACUUGGAAAUUGUCCGAUUGCUUCUUUCCUAUGGUGCUGACCCUACUUUAGCCACAUACUCAGGGAGGACCAUCAUGAAAAUGACCCACAGUGAACUUAUGGAGAAGUUUCUAACAGACUAUUUAAAUGACCUGCAGGGCCGCAGUGAUGAUGACACCAGUGGCGCUUGGGAGUUCUAUGGCAGCUCUGUGUGUGAACCAGAUGACGAAAGUGGGUACGAUGUUUUGGCUAACCCCCCAGGACCAGAAGACCCAGAUGAGGAAGAGGAUACCUAUAGCGAUUUGUUUGAGUUUGAGUUUGCCGAAAGCUCCCUCUUGCCAUGUUAUAACAUCCAAGUGUCCGUCGCUCAGGGGCCACGAAACUGGCUUCUGCUCUCAGACGUGCUCAAGAAAUUGAAAAUGUCCUCCCGGAUAUUCCGUUGCAAUUUUCCCAAUCUGGAAAUUGUCACCAUUGCAGAGGCAGAGUUUUACCGACAGGUCUCUACAAGUCUCUUAUUCUCCUGCCCCAAAGACCUGGAAGCCUUCAACCCUGAAAGCAAGGAGCUGUUGGAUCUGGUAGAAUUCACUAAUGAGCUCCAGACACUGCUGGGCUCUUCUGUGGAGUGGCUUCACCCUAGUGACACGGGCCAUGAAGAGUACUGGUGAGCCACCUGCCCUACCCACCCACUGUGUACAGUGUGUUAUAGUGUUAAUCCUUGUGCAUAUGUGUCAUAAUACAACAGUUUCUGUAAAGAAAGGACACUAUUACAUAUGAAAAUAUCUCUUCUUUAUAUAAGAGAAGUUACUCCAGUCAGAAGAAUCUAGAAGAAGCCCGUGUUUUCUUUCUAAACUUUUAAGUCAGUUUUUAUGAAGCUAUUCAAAUGUCUUUAUUUUUCAGUGCACACAUGCUUUGAGAUGUAUGUUCGUUUUUACUUGGAACAUUUUUCUUUUCUGUUCUUUUCUAAGGAGAAAAAAUAAAUGAAUAAAUGAAUAAAUGAAAAGGAGCUCUGUGCUUGGCGUAAUUUCAUACAAAGCUCUGGUGGCGGGCCAUGGGUGCAUUGUGUGGUCACGACUAUGUGUUUGGUUUGGGGGAGUGAAUUGGGUGAAGGCACUUGGUGGUGGUGUACUUUUAUGUUUGGUUUACAGAGUACCUGCUCACGCCAGGUAAAUGCUAUUGGACGUGAUCCAGUAGUAUGUAAUAUAAAUUCAAACCAUAUCCACACACAAACAACUAAUUGUAAGAAACUUUUGUAUCCUAAUUUAAAAGCUGUGAAAUUACUUUUCACACAUCAAACCGGAUUGUUUAUAUGUUUAAACAUUUUAUGCUCUUAUUUAAAGAAGACUUUGAGCUAUUUUUUUUCCUGUACUCUGUAAAAUAUUGAAAACUAACAUAAUAUGUUGAGGUUGCUUGAAAAUGUACAUAAAACUAAAAUUUUCUGAAUUGUGUGUCUAUGUUUGAAAUCUGUGUUUUAACUUUGUAAGUAAAUUCUCUGCCUUUGUAUUUAUAUUUUACAAAAAUUUUUCUUAAAAGGCAAUAAACCUGUUGAGGAAAGGAGCAAA